AUGCCCACAACGCCGAAUCCGUCCUCUGGCGGCCUCCGGCUUCGUAGAUCCUUAAGCAGAUCGACGAAGUUAUUGAUUAUUCUUCGAUUUGGUAAUCCGCUUUUUGCUGAGGUUCUUGCGAUUUCAAGAAACUUUGUCAUGAUAGAGGGCGAGGAUUUGAUUGUGACUUUUCUUGCUGCACUUAGGUAUGAUCAGCUUUUGAAGGCUUCUCAUGCUUUUAAUAUAUUAGAUGCUAGAGGCUUUGUUGGUGUUACUGAACGUGCUAGAUAUUUUGCACGAAUGCGAAGUCUUGCUCGGCAAUGUGCUCAACUUUGGUUGAAGACACGGGAAGCUCUUGGGCACCCAUUAGGAUUUUCCAAGGAAAAUUAUCUCUUGUUUCAAAAUCUUCCAAAUUCCCAAUUGCAGAAGGUAUUGGAACGUCCUGGAGCAUUUGUUCUUGAGAUUGGCACUGAAGAGAUGCCUCCUCAUGAUGUAGUUGAAGCAAGUAACCAGCUUAGAAGUCUCACUGUGGAGUACCUGAAAAAAAGAAGACUGAGUUGUGGAGAAGUUUCAUCAUAUGGUACACCACGCCGACUUGUGUUUAGUUACUCAAAAAGUGAUAUUGGAACUUUUGUGCGUUUACUGUCUCUUACUGAAGAUGGCCCCUUGGUUCUUUCUAAAUUGCAAUUUGCAGGUUGUGUGAAGAACCAGUACUAUACGCAGACACAAUAUGAUGAAAUGAGAAUUGAAUGGAGAGAAUUUGUGUACUCGUAUUUGAAGUGA